AUGGAGGAACCCCAAAUCCAAGCUCAAACGUCAAAAACCCUAAUAAAACAACUAGCGGCAAGCGACGCAAAAUCCCGAAACAAAUCUUUAAAGAUUCUCUUAAACAAAUGGUUACCUUCACAACCUCAAAUCUCAGAAGAAACUAUGAAGAAACUGUGGAAAGGGCUGUUUUACUGUAUGUGGCAUGCUGACAAGUCUUUAGCACAGAACCAACUAAUCAACAAACUGAGUUCUUUACUUACUGUUAUUGAUGAUGAAUCUGUUUGUUUUAGUUAUUUCUCUGUUUUUUUAGUUACUAUGAGAAGGGAAUGGUCUGGUAUUGAUGGAUUAAGGUUAGAUAAGUUUUAUCUUUUGAUUAGGAGAUUUGUGAAUUCUUUGUUUGUUUUCUUCAAAAAGAAGAAGUGGGGUUUGGAUGUUGUAGAGAAGUUUACGAGGGUUUUUGUUGAAAAGGGUUUUUUAGCUGAUGAUAAGUUGUUAGGUAACGGUGUUAAUUACCAUGUUGUUUCGGUUUUUGUUGAGGAAUUGAAAGGUUUUUUGCCGGUGAGGAAGGCGGUUUUGGAGGUCGUUUUUGGGAAUUUUGUGAGUGUAAUGGGCAGGGUGAGUGAUAAAGUUUUGUUAGCGAAGAUUAAGAGUAAUGUGUUUGAUGUGUUGUUAAAGAUGGGGAGGGAAUUGUUGGAGGUGAAGAAGAAGGAGGGUGAUGUUGGGGAGAAUGAUGAUGAGGUGGUUUUGGGUUCAAUUGCGUUGGUAAUGGAGUUCUCAAAGAGGUUUUAUGAGUUGGGUUCUUCGGUUGAGUGUUGUCAAGGGAACAGGAAAGUGAUUUUGGGGUUACAUGAAGUAUUUUCGAAGUUGGAGAAGGAUUUUGUGGCCUCUGGGAUCAAGGUUGCACUUCCAGAGACUAAUGGUGAUGAUGAGGAUGAGGAGGUGCCGACUUUGGUUCCUAUUGAUAGUGGGAUGGAAGUGGAAGGUUUGAAUGGUGAUGUUGCUAAUGGGCAUCUUAGCAAGAAAUUGAAGAAGAACAAAAAGGUGAAGAAGGAGUCAGAUGGCAGUGGCAAAAAGGCAAAGAAGAAGACAAAGAAUGCCGUUUCUGGUUUCCACUGUGAGACUGAUUCUAUGACUGAUGAAAAUGGGAAUGAGGAUUUACCAAAUGGAAAGAAUUCGAGCGAAGAGAAGACUGGUGAUGAUAAUUUGAUAAGGUUUAAUGAAUCUGCAAUAGCAAAUCUUCAGAGCCAAUUUGAGAAAGUUGCUGCAGAAGAGAGCAUAGAUGAGGAUAUUGCUAGUGCCUGCAAUUUUCCGAAAGUCAAUGGCAAUGGUAAUGUCUCCAAAAAGAGAAAGAGAGCGAAGAGUGUGGAUGGGAAGGGAUCUAAAGAAUUGAAUGGCCAAGAAGAUGCUGAAACCGGCACAAGUGCAAUGGCGAAGAGCACAGAGAAGAGUGCAAAAAAAGUCAGGUUUUCCAUGAAAAACAACUUAGUCUGGAAGCCCAGCACUCCUUUACCACCACAGAACUUGAGGAUACCUCCUUCUGUGACCCCUAGAGGAAGUGCCCUUAAAAAAGGGGUACUGCCAGGUCCAGUUAGGGAGAUGCCUGCAAAGAAAAAGAUGAAACAAAGAGCUAAAUCUAUGAAGAAAGUAAUCAAAGGCAUUUCCCCUGCCACGAAGCGCGUCAAGAAGUUAAAAUCUCUUUCCCUCUAG